UUACUGCUGAGUAGAGACGGUGAAUACUUGAUGACUGGAGGUGACAAGGGUAUCGUAGAAGUUUGGCGAACUUUCAACCUCGCUCUACUUUAUGCAUUUCCCGCAUGCGAAAGCAGCGUGCGUUCUCUCGCGCUUGCUCAUGAUCAAAAGUUUCUUCUAGCUGGUCUGGCAAAUGGGUCCAUUGUGAUAUUCCACAUCGACUUUAACAGAUGGCAUCACGAGUUCCAGCAGCGUUACUGAAAUUACGACUUCCUGUUUGCCUAAGAAGGCACGGCGCAUCCCCAUAGAAUAAACUUCUGCGCUUAACUUUCC